UUUUUCCGUUCCUUAGCAUCCUUCUCUAGUCUCAUCCUUUCCCCCUCUCAUUUUCCCUGGCCUCGUCCAACCUCCCACGCACCCACGCACCCCCAAUUCUAUUCCCCCUCUUUUUUAGGGUCAAAGAAUUUGUUGCUCAAAGAUGUUCUCUCGCACGGCCCAGCCUGCCCGGACUCUGCUUCGCAGCGCCUCCGUGGCUCCCUCUUUCGGUUGCUCCAUUCCCGCACGAACUUUCGCUACCGUGCAGUCGGACAUCUUCAAGCCUACCAAGUAUGGUGGCAAGUACACGGUCACCCUGAUCCCCGGUGACGGUAUCGGUGCUGAGGUCGCGGAGUCGGUCAAGACCAUCUUCAAGGCCGACAACGUCCCCAUUGAGUGGGAGCAGGUCGACGUUAGCGGUGUGGACACUGGCAACAAGCACUCGGAGGAGCUCUUCCGGGAGUCGCUGGCUUCCCUCAAGCGCAACAAGCUCGGUCUGAAGGGAAUCCUGCACACCCCCGUCGAGCGAUCGGGCCACCAGUCCUUCAACGUCGCUCUCCGUCAGGAGCUGGAUAUCUACGCCUCCAUCUCCCUGAUCAAGAACAUCCCCGGCUACGAGACCCGCCACAAGAAUGUCGACCUGUGCAUCAUCCGUGAGAACACCGAGGGUGAGUACUCUGGUCUCGAGCACCAGUCCGUCCAGGGUGUCGUCGAGUCCCUCAAGAUCAUCACCCGCGCCAAGUCCGAGCGCAUCGCCAAGUUCGCCUUCAGCUUCGCUCUCGCCAACAACCGCAAGAAGAUCACCUGCAUUCACAAGGCCAACAUCAUGAAGCUGGCCGACGGUCUCUUCCGCAGCACCUUCCACAAGGUCGCCGAGGACUACCCUACCCUGGAGGUCAAUGACAUGAUCGUCGACAACGCCUCCAUGCAGGCUGUCUCCCGCCCCCAGCAAUUCGACGUUAUGGUCAUGCCUAACCUGUACGGUGGUAUCCUCUCCAACAUCGCUGCCGCUCUUGUCGGUGGCCCGGGUGUCGUCCCCGGCUGCAACAUGGGCCGUGACGUCGCCGUCUUCGAGCCCGGCUGCCGUCACGUCGGUCUCGACAUCAAGGGCAAGGACCAGGCCAACCCCAGCGCUCUGAUCCUGUCCGGUUCUAUGCUGCUCCGUCACCUUGGUCUGGAUGACCACGCCAACCGCAUCUCCAAGGCUGUUUACGAUGUGAUCGGUGAGGGCAAGACCCGCACUCGUGACAUGGGUGGUCAGGCUACCACCCACGAGUUCACCCGGGCCGUUCUGGACAAGAUGGAGUCGUCUCUGUAAAUCUGAAACCCGUCACCUUCCAUGUCCCUCCCUACUGCUACGACUGGGGACUACCCCGAUCGGCUCACCUGCGGUGGAUCCUGCAGCAUCUGACUCGGUUGGAAUGAUUCCCAAUUAUGUAUUAUCUUUCUUUCUAUUUAGCUCGCGAUGUCCCUGGCAAGUUAUAGCAAUAGACAUUUUCUUGUUUUCAGAGUUUUUGCACCUUUUCUCUUGUCGAUGUGAUUGGUGUUAUGAUAUAAAAGGGCCUGCUAUUGUGGUCGUCUCAUUAGUUCCAUAGCGAGAAGGUUUGUUAGGCUUUGGCUACAACGAUAGCUCGCAGUUGCUGUUCCUACAUCACCAGUGUGUUAGGUCUACACAACACCGAGGACAAACACUCCGUUGGAAAUAAGGAAGACACUGGGGAAUAUCCAGAAAAGACCAUACCUCACCCAGGUCCGGACAGCUUGAUAUGACAAAAGCGCAGUGAAAUUUACCAACGAAGCAUUAUAUUUGGCAUGGCACAAAUGUGCUAACGCAUAAUUUAGGAU